AUGGCUUCCCGUCCAGCGUUCACGGCCCUUGGCUGUCUGGGUUGCCGGACUGCAAUGUGCAGAGCCGUCCUGAGCCCUACAGCACCAGUAGCUCUUCGCAUGCUGCCCAUGACCAUCACACGGAGAAACCAGCGAUUACAGCCUGUUGCCUGGAGGCCAUUCUCCUCGGCAGGCAAGGAGGCUCCGCCCACCUCCGCCGACCAUGAAGCAACACUGGAGGCUGAGGCUGAAGAAGCCGAGGCUGAGACCUCACCCGAAACGACCCCGUGGUUCCUUGACGAGGCCCCACCGCAACAUCCUCCUAGCCAACACUCUGCGACGCUGCCGACGCCCCCCGAAGAUGCUCCUGCUAUGAUGGGGUCGAUGAUCAAGUACAUAUACGAAGAUAUGGGACUGGACGAUCUCUCCCUUCUUGACCUGCGCGACCUGGACCCGCAGGCGUCCCUGGGCCCCAACCUGAUUAUGCUCUUCGGCACGGCCCGCAGUGAGAGGCACCUGCACGUGUCGUCGGGACGAUUCGUGCGGUGGGUUCGGCGCAACUGCAAUGUCGGCGCGCGGGCCGAGGGCCUCAUCGGCCCGGGGGAGCUGAAGACAAAGCUCCGUCGGCUGAGAAAGAAGGCCAAACUGAUGGGUCAGAACACGGCCAUGAUUCCCGGUGGCGAUCACGGUAUCUCGACGGGAUGGGUGUGCGUCAACUUUCGCGCCACGACAGAGGGUAGGAAGGGUGGUGAUGUUGAGGCGGCGCGCUUCGACGAGAGCGGCGCUAUGUCUGGCUUCGGCUCCUCGGAGCACGGCACCACCAUUGUGGUCCAGUGUAUGACCGAGUCGCGCAGGAACGAGCUCGACCUCGAGUCGCUAUGGAAGGGCAUCCUGCGCCGUAACCUCGAUCAACAGGCCAAAAUCCGCGGAGAGAAGGUCGAUGCCGCACAGCUGGACGAGCUCCUCGCAUCCAGGCUGCAGCUGCACGAGGCACCCGGCACGUCGCAGUUUGACGCCAUGAAGCGCGCGUCGGAGCAGCACCGCUACUUUUCCACCUCGGCCAGACGGCGGGUGCGGACGAGCGGCACUUCUGCGAUAUCGAACGAUCCCAUAGUCUUCCUGCAGCAGAGCGAUGCCAACCCGGAGACUGAUGCUCUCCGCCGCGCCAUAUUAGACGUCCAAGUUGGUGGAGCACCCAUGGACCACGGACGGCUGAAGGACCUAGUGUCGGCCAUCCUCUGCGCUGGCGACGAGAGCAUUUUGGCCUCUGACCGUCUAAGCCUGGUCGACCAGAUAUUCCAGACAGCCAGUGAGCGGGGUCUGGACGUGCGCUCUCGCCCUGUGUUGAUUGCCACGAUCGAAUCCCUGCUCGACUCACCCGUCUACGGGCCUGAGCUGAGCCGUGCCCAGCAAAACAUGGAAGUGCUACUUACGGAACUCGAUUCGGCCCCCACCGUGUCCGAGACUGCCCGCCUCAUGGGUGCUUACGGCCGUCGCAGCGACUGGUCCCGCUUCUGGGACGCCUUCCGCACGCCGUCGCGGUUCAACGAGGCGCGCGCCCCCGUCUUGUACGAACUCGCCUAUCGCACAAUGGCCUCCACGGCCGAUGCAGCCCUGUGCACCGACGCUCUACGCUGGGUGUACCCCGAGAUGCUCAUGGAGAAGACGCCUGUUGAGCUGGACGCCAAGCUGUACCACGCUCUCAAAUCUUGCAUCCUCGUCGCUGACCCGGCGGCUGAGGAGUUGCUGGCUAACCCGCCGCCGGUGGAGGGCCUGUCCAAGGUGCAGAGGAGAGCCCUUGAGAGGCGCGAGUUUGUCAGGGUGCUUAGGGAGGUCGAGGCGCUUCGGAUGAAUGCCAAGCAGUGA